UCCGCCGAGGAAGGUAUCACACGAGAAAACAUAGAACAUCACUGCACUACUUACGUGUACCACCCAUCCAGUAGCGGUGUACCUGCAACGGGCCGCAUAUUGCGUCCAAUUCCCCGGCCACCCAUCUGACCACAACUCGCGGCUCUUUCACAUCUGGGUUAAGAGCAAGCUGUGCUCAUCAAGAAACCUGCGAUGUAACCAUCCGCAUCGAUUAGUAGUCGGGGAAAAAAGCAAACGGAAGAGUGGCACGGUGCCAUCAUGCACGGAAGAGUUGGACACAACGACAGCAGGUAACCGACUGCCUAAUGAAAUCCCAAACUGUGAGAUGUUGUCCAUUUUUAAUCUGUUCAACUCGUGUCUGGGUAUGAUGAUCAUGCAAUGGCGAACAUGACAACUGGUGGCAAUAAACCAGCAACAUUUUUUGCUCCUUUUUGUGAACGUUCAACCGCACAACCGCAGCUGUCACGGAAUUCAUAACACGGACUGUGCCGCGCUGACACUGCUGUAUCCACCACACGUCCUUUGCUCAAGUUUCGUCCAGCGUAUUCAAGACUUCGACAUACAUGCGUGGCCCAGCUAUGUGGACCGACAUGACUGCUAUUCAGAAAUGGAUCUCUUUUGUACUGUUUGUUACGAUGCAGCAAGGUCAAGGAGUUCGAGCAUCGGAGGGCGAGGAGCGACUGCAGGAAUUUCUGUUCAAUGAUUACAGCAAAUUAGCCUUACCGGUCAAAGGAGCUCUGGACACGCUGUACAUCAACUUUAGUCUGGCCAUCUCCCAAAUCGUCGAUGUGGAUGAACGAAACCAGGUUCUCACGUCCAAAGUGUGGGUCCAACAGGUGUGGAAUGACUACAAUCUCAAGUGGGAACCCAGUCACUUCGAAGGCAUCGAGCGGAUAAAAGUACCAAGUGACGCUAUAUGGAUUCCUGACAUACUCAUUUACAACAACGCCAACGGCUCAUUUGACAUGCAGACUGGAGCCUGGGCCAGUGUGGACUGUAACGGCACUGUUAACUGGUCCCCGCCAGCCGUCUAUAAGAGUUCCUGCAAGAUUGACGCCCGCUACUUCCCCUUCGACGAGCAGAACUGCACCAUGAAGUUCGGCUCCUGGACCUACGACUUGGGAAAGAUCGACCUGAUACCAUCCAGCCCCAGCGCCGAGAAGAAAGACUACUGGGAGAACGGCGAGUGGACCAUCGUUCAGUCACCCUGCGAACGGCACGUUAUCAGCUACCUGUGCUGUCAGGAAGUCUACGUCGAUGUCACCUGCACUUUCAUUCUGCGCCGGAUGCCGCUCUAUUACUUCGCCUACUUGCUGCUGCCCUGCGGGCUCAUCUCCUUCAAUACCGUCUUAGUCUUCUACUUGCCACCGGACAUCAGCGAGAAGAUGUCGCUGUGCACCUCGGUGCUGCUCUCCAUGGCUUGGUUCCUCUUACUGGUGACGCAGAGGAUACCGCCCACGGGCAACAACUUCCCCCUGAUCGUUAAGUACCUUCUCUUCACCAUGGUCGUGGUGUCUUCCUCCAUCAUCUUGACUGUUUUUGUCCUCAAUAUCAGGUACCGCUCACCGCACACCCACAAGAUGCCAAACUGGGUCCGGACGCUUUUUAUCAACGUCCUUCCCAAGUACAUAGCGCUGAAGAGACCAGAGCGGUACAACCUCCGGUACCGCCAUGUGGGCGUGGCGCUGACGAGAGAUGCCGUCGCGACCAAAUACGUGGACUCCAAGAAACUCGUUAUGGAGAGCAAAGGCAAUAAUUACACGGUGCGCUUGCGCAAUGAGGUGGACCGUGACGUGAAUGGGUUGGAGACGGACUCAGAGGGUGAAGCUAUUCCAGAAGUGAACGCCAACGGUGACGCUGGCGGGAGCAGACACCCCUCUCUUUCCCUUACACCCACGUACUGGGCCGCCACUGGGUCGGCAGCCAACAAGACAGACACGCCGUCCAGUUCCAACGGACUUCGUAGGACCAGUCCAGUGGGUCAGGAGUCUCGACGGACCAGCCGGUAUUUACCCUCGACUAAUCACGACCCGGACCCCUCCGAGGCCAUGAACGUGCACCGGGCGGUGGAGGAGAUCAUGUACAUGGCGUCAAGGUACCACAACGAGGAUGAUAUGGUCCGGGCGAAAGAGGACUGGAAAUACGUUGCCAUGGUAGUAGAUCGUAUCUUCCUCAUCGUCUUCCUCUGUGGUGUCUUUGUGGGCACCAUCACUAUCAUGUUGGAGGCGCCUCUGGCCAAGGAGUUUUUCGCGCGGGUGUUCACCGGUGACGAUGUUGCUCACACGGUGGAAUGAAAGAGACAGAAAUAAGGAAACUAUCAUGAUGAGUUCCCUCAGCGGAGUGAAAAAAAAACAGUGCAAACGAAAACUUGGCGGUUUGUCUGAUUCCUCGACAGCUUGAUUGAGCUUCUCGUGAUGCAAGGUCGAUUACCAAUUUACUUUCUUCGAAUCCUCUGCGGUGGCCAUUUUGUCAAAUUUAUGAAGAAUAAAUUACUCAGCCAGCAAAGUACUACCUUAAUGGUGUAAAAACUUUCAGUAAUGUUAAACUACGGAUGAUGGUUACAGUCAGAUUCCCUGCUGCCGCUGCUGCAAUCCUCACAAGCUGAACGAUAGGUAAAGACAAUGUCCAGUACCUUGUCUUUUGUCCAAACAUCUAGGCCUAAAUGUCAGUGAGGGCGCCAUUCAUCUUCUGGAGUCAUGCGACGGGAUUCUCUGAUGUUACUAGAUUCCCAUGUGAUGUCCUUUUUAAUUUUACGGAACUGAGCUGCGAGGCAAAACCUAAUUUAGACGUAGAAGUGAGCACAGACAGCCAUUUUAAAUUGUGAAUUAGCGCCGGUUUAUUACAAAUUUAAUUUAUCCACUGAGCUUGCGAAGUUCUACAGCCAUGGGGGGGCUAGACCCUUCGCACGUGACGACACCUUUUCUCUUUCUCCACUGCAAAUCCAACCUUUUCCACCCUUUAAUAUAUUUUUUUAAUUUUUGCAUUUUGGGGGGCUAGACAAUUUUGGGGGGGCCCCUAGCCCCCUCCCCCAACCGUGCUUGCCGUCAAGCUCUACUUUUGCUGGGUUCGAGCUGGUCCUGUCGAAAUGUCGUAUACGGAGUUCAUCCCUUGGUCCCGUUCAUAGAUACAGAGGACCAUGCAUUACACAAAAACGGGUCUAUUUUAUGGAAACUGUAACUCGCAAUUAACAAGGCACCGUUACGAAUCAUUGUAGUACCGUGUAUCAAGCAUUAAGUCUCGUAUAAUAGGUCUGUCUCAAUGCUGUCAAAUUAAACUAACGCCUUAAUAUGUGCUUAAUUGUCAAAGCAGCAAGUGGCACGUGACAGCAUUCCCGUAGGUUUCCCAAAAGUAUCAAAAAUCAUUUUCAAAAGAUGGAUAACACAACUUUAUUUGUGGACAAGGCUUGCGACAGUAUGGUGCUUUUUCUUCAGGGCAAUUUUCUUUUAUCGCAACGCGGUGUGCUUCUUCCACUGGAAGAAGAUACUCUUUUAGUGUUCUCAACAUCAGUUCAAACACCUGUCAAAAUAAAGCUUGUAAGAAUAAAGUUUUACCCAUUUCAUUUUUACUAAAAGUACAACAUGUACUUAAAUUUGUCUGAAGUAACAACAUAAACAAUUCCUGCUUAAAGUGGACAACAUGGAAUAACAAUUAUGCAUAACGCUGAUAGGAGAAUUGAGUUUUUUAUCUUCUAAUUGCAUUUUUGGAAAAAUUAGCUAUUUUUCUAAUGAGCCUGCAAUAUCUCAAGCAAUAUUGCAUGUAUGUUUUCCAAGCCAAUGAUAGCGCACUGAGACAUAUUUCCUUAUGUUUUUAAUUAAUUGGAAUUUUACAUUUUGUAAAUAGAGUUUUCUUUGAUCAGCCUGGAUGCUGUGGUCAUGUAAUUGUAAGGGAAGUUUGGUUUCCUUGAUUUUCUGCAUGUUAUUUCUUUCUAAAAUUUGACAAUUUCCAUGUCUAUCAAGAUUUACGGUCCUUGUCAUUUUGAUAUCACUGGACAAGUAAUAAAUUGUACAGAACACGCAUGUGAGUUAUGACCGUGAUUUAUUAGAGAUUCAUAAUACUGCCAUUGUCAUGUGCAAAUCUGACUCAUGAUUGAAAUCAAAGGAUUUAAGCCUUUUGGUAAGAGUUCAGAUCAAAUAAUUGAACAACAUAAAAACAAAAAUUUGCCAGAUUUUAAAUAGAUAAAACUCCCAGUCUACAACAGCGUGGUAGGUAGCUCAAGGCACUUUAAGUAGAUAUAUCAAGUCUAGAAGUUCACAAAGAUUAAUUAUUUAUCAGUAAGUUGAUAAAAUUUGCAAAUGAGUCAUUCUGCAAAAGAUUGAUGUCAACAUGCCAUAGCAUUACUCUGAAAAAGUCCAAGAAAUCUACACUGCAACUCGUACACAUAGUGAAUGCAAGAAUGUAAUUAAAUAUUGCCACUGGUGUCAGAAACUUUGUCUGUCUGAAUGUGAAGCUGCUAGCUUAAAAAAAUUAAAAGAAAAUUAGAAAUCGCAUUGCAAGAUGUUCAGAUAAUGUAGAAUGACUUGAAAGAAUUUGUUUGAUUUGUUUUCCACUUGAAAUAAGUCACAUAAUUAAUAUUGCAAGCUGGAUUACUUAAAUGUUUGGGGUUUUUUUAGCUCGUGUUAAAAUUGCCAAAAAGGAGCCAUUUCACUGGUCAAUUAAGUCAAUACCUUCAGAUCCUUCAAAAUCAAAAAGAUUUUGCAGGAUUUUGUGGGAUUGAGGAAGAAGCCUGGCCAACAUUACUUUCCAUGUUUUAGACCAAAGAAUGGUCAACUGGGUUUCUGCACAGCACUGUAUUUAGAAGGAUACACACUGAUGAACCCAUCCAUGUCAGAAAGGGGGGUGUCUGAAAUGAAGGUGAAAGCCAAAUAGAUGGACAGGGCCUACUGUACAUUUGCUCAUAGGUGUAACAAUUUGUCCAAACUGUUAUCAAAUACGGGGCUUUGAGUGGCCACUUUCAAUUAAGCUGAAAACUGCUAGCAAAAAGCUGAAAUGUAAAAAGUUCCCAUACUUUUGUACAGACCAGGUGCACCAAAAAGCUGAAAUUCAGGGUCGACAUCUGAACAAAAAAUACUGGAAUCAGCUAAAAAGCUUAAUUCUCACACUCAUGAAAUAACAGCUGCAGCGGAGAAAAGAGGAAACUUGAAUAUUAUAAUAUUCCCCCCCCCCCAAAAAAAGCUAUAAAAAUAAGAAUUUUUAACAUUUUGAAAAAAA